UGAAACGCAACUACUUCCUUGCUAAACUAAUGCAACACACUCAACUGAAAGACAGUCAGAUGGAGCGUUAAAAGCUGGACAAUAAAUUGACCGUUUCCUCCAAAACUCGUCCAGACAAAAAAAAACCCAAAAAGAUUUGAGGGGAAUUCGACACUUUUAAAAUGGAGCCCGCUGCAAUGAACCUCCAUAGCUUGUUUGAGAAUCUUCGAGCCCACGUCGAUGUCCUCAAUGAAAGUAUUGAGCCCCAGUUCAUUCAGAUGGCACUGAAUUUUGAGGACUGUCGCCGUAAAUGGCUCAGAGUAGAGCAGGACUUGGCCUCUUGUAAGGAGGUGCUUGCCAAAGCAGAAACUGAGCGAGGUGCACUGGAGGUCAAGCUAAAACAUGCUCGAAACCAAGUGGACGUAGAAAUCCGCAGACGUCAAAAAGCUGAAUCUGACUGUGAAAAAUUGGAUCGGCAGAUUCAACUCAUUCGAGAGCUGUUGGUUACAGAGGGCUCCAGUUCAAGUAUCCAGUUAAAUGAUGAGCAGCGCUCAGCUUUGGCUUUCCUCAGUGUACGCUCACAAGCACCUAACAACCUCAACAGCAGCCGAAGGCUGACCACUAUUGACGAAUCAGCCUCAAUUUUGUCGGAUAUUAGCUAUGAUAAAACUGACGAUUCUUUGGACUGGGACUCUUCCGUUGUCAGAACUGUUAGAUUGAAGAAACGUCAGAAGAGACGCUCCUCCAGAAAUCAUACUGAUGGGCCUCCUGCUGCUGCCAAGAGGUCCCGGUCUACAGGUCGCACCUCUGAGAAAGGAAAUGAGUCUCUAGUGGCCAAGACCACAGUGACGGUGCCUAACAAUGGAGGUCCUAUAGAGGCUGUCACCACUCUUGAAGCAGUGCCUUACUGGACCAGAAGCAGGAGAAAGACUGCUGCCAUGGUUUGGGCCACAACGGACACGGAUUCUGUGCAGUCUGUAGAUGUAUUAAGUCGGACUGAUGGCAAAGUAGAGCCCAGCACACCACAGAGCAAUGGGGGCGUUCGUCUACAUGAGUUUGUUUCCAAAACGGUGAUAAAGCCUGAAUCAUGUGUUCCUUGUGGGAAGAGGAUCAAGUUUGGAAAAAUUUCUCUGAAGUGUAGGGACUGUCGUGUGGUCACCCAUCCUGAGUGUCGAGAGCGCUGUCCCCUGCCCUGCAUUCCUAACCUGUCUGGGACUCCAGUAAAAAUUGGAGAGGGCACUCUUGCAGACUAUGUCUCUGACACCGCCCCUAUGAUUCCACCACUGGUGGUCCACUGUGUGAAUGAAAUUGAGCAGAAAGGCCUACAUGAGACUGGCCUGUACCGUAUAUCUGGAGCUGACCGGGUGAUAAAGGAGUUAAAGGAGAAGUUUCUGCGUGGAAAGACUUUUCCUCUGCUAAGUAAGGUGGAUGACAUCCAUGCUAUUACAGGCCUUCUGAAGGACUUCCUGAGAAACCUCAAAGAGCCACUGCUCACCUUCCGCCUCAACCGUAAUUUUAUGGAAGCAGCAGAGUUAGCUGAUGAAGACAAUUCUACUGCACUGAUGUACCAAACUAUCAGUGACUUGCCUCAGCCAAACAGGGACACUCUGGCCUUCCUAAUCGUCCAUCUGCAGAGAGUUGCCCAAAGCUCUGAUACUAAGAUGGAUGUGACUAAUCUGGCUCGUGUGUUUGGGCCGACUAUUGUGGGUCAUGCUGUACCUGAUCCAGACCCACUAACAAUUCUACAUGACACAAAGCGACAACCUAGGGUUGUUGAACGCUUGCUAAGCUUACCUGCAGAGUACUGGAACCAGUUCUUGAUGGUUGAGCAAGACCACCAUCAAGCCCAUGCUGAUGACAUGAUUAUUGAGAACAACAAUGUUUAUUCCACUCCAGAGCAAAAAGUGAGUAUGUUUGGCCCACUCACCACUCCAGAGCAGCAGAUGAGCAAGACUUCAUCUUCUAGUUCUCUAUCUCAGCGUAUGAGAAAUGCUACACUGGGUGUUAUCACUCCUAAAUUUGGUAGCAAGAGCAAAUCUGCUGUUGGCUUCAGUCGACAGGGGAACUUCUUUGCCUCUCCUCUGCUAAAGUAGAGUUGCACAUUUAAUCCAUAUCUACAAAUGUUUUAAUCAUACUUGCUUUUAUAUUUUGUGAGUUUUUUAAAUGUUUGAACUGCUCACUCAUUUAACCAAAAUGAUAGUCUGAAAUAUGCACUUCCAUUGUCUACAAGUUGCCAUUUGCCAAAGUAAAAUGUCUGGGGGUUGUGGGUAGUUCUUUAUCAAGAUGCCCAAAGUUGAUAUCAUUUGGAUGUUGUACUCAUAUUUGUAUAGAUUAUGUGGAUUGCCUGAACUCAUUUAAAUACAUUACUUAAAAUACAUACUUUACUUUCUUAUGCAAACUAUGCUGUGGGGUGGUGUUUUUUUGGGUGUUGUGCAAGAGAGAGUGCCUAACAAAAUGAGACCAGGUUAACUGGUGUUUCUGCCAGCCGGUAUGCUAUUUUCUUUGUUAUUCCCUUCUAUUUACCUGUAUUUAAAAAAAUGUAUGUUGCAUGCUGUGCUGACUCAUUGGAUUGUAUGAAAAUAGCAAACUAAUUGUCUUUAUUCCAUUGACUUUCCCCAGCAUAGAGUACCAUUAUUUUUCUGUUGUUUAUGUCUGAGAGAGCAAUCUUGCAUUCUUGUGCAUUUCUUUUAAUUAAACCUUUUUCACCCACACUAGCCUAUAAAUAUUUCCUUUCCACAAUCAUUUGUCUUUUGUUCUUCUGCACAAUAGUAAUGGAUCAUAAUGGACCUAGCCUAAACUGUUAAUCAUGGUUCCAUAACAGCAGACACUUUGUUUAGAACUGCUCACAGUACCUAUACUUUCAUGCAUUAACCUGAUUUGUAAAUAGAGGUAAUGGUAACAUCCUGACACAUUCUGGGAUUUUUUUUGGUACAUUUGUUACACUAUACCUAUACUUUAAAGUUCAUCCUUACUGACAGCUUUUAAUCCUUGAUCAGUUUUUAAUGUACUGCAGGCACUAAGUAAAACUGUCUCUCAUGUUGCCCUGAGUAACAUUCUAUAAUAGUGUACAGCAAUAAUAGAUACAGCUUUGUCAUUGCAAAGUACAGGUACAUAGGAA